UAUUUUAUUAUUAUUUUUUUUUAAGCUGAGCCAUCCUGUCACCUGUUGGCAGCUCAGCAGCUGCUCAGCUCAGUAUUGAUUUUUGAGUGCUGUAAAUUGAAUCCCAGUUUUAAAAAGGGAGGGGCCGGAGCUGGCCUUGGCCCACCAGUUUGCCCAGCCCUCUGCCAACGGGGUCCACUCUUCCCAGCACUGGGAAGCACAGCAGGGAACAAGCCAGGUCUGCUUGUACAGUGAGGGGCCCUGGCAUGUGCUUCUCAAACCUCGGCGUGUGUAGGGCUUGUUAGGCAGAUGGAAGGGCAGUUCUCCCCGGGAGUGUGGCCUUUCUAACAAGCUCCCAGGUGCUGGCAGUGCUGGCGGCCCCUGGCCUAGUUUGAGUCGAGUUGCUCUAUAAGCCAGAGGGGCCCAGGAGCAGCUACUAUUUGAAGGAGGUGAGUAGGGGCCUUGUCCUGAAGGUGCAAAUUCCCGUCGAGCAUUCUGUUUUUACUUAGAUUUUAGUUUAUUUGGGGUGUCUGGGAAGAGAGCUAAUGACAUGGGAGGCGUGUGCUAAGGCUCUCCCAAGCCAGCUCUUGGCGCUGCCGGGCCUCUCUCCUGAGCUUCUGUUCUGGAAGGCGGCUAGGGGUGCAGGAAGGUGUUAAGAAAAGCUUCCUGGAGGAGGAGGUGCCUGUGAACUGCAGGAGCUCCCAGACCCGCCGAGAAACGGAGAAGCCCUGAACUCCGGCCCCCUCGGGCUGGCUUCCCUGGCACCCCACGUGUCUGCUGUCCGUCAGCCCUGUCAAUCAAGUUCGUUUCUCCUUCCCCAAACGCCCUAUCCCGGCUGGGUAAAGUUUAAAGGCGGCCGCGGAGCCGGGCGCUCCCAGAGUACCGCGCGGCGGGCGGGUUUGGAUUUUAAAUCCCCGCGACCAAUCAGCGGCGCGCAGACCUUUGUAACGUUCCCGGCGCCGCGUUUGAAUUCGAGGAGGAGCCGAGCGGUGUCAAACCUCUGUUCAGACCCGGCUGGGACCGCUGAGCAAUUCCGGGGACAUGAGUGCGGCGGCGACUGCAGGGAAGCUGGCGCGGGCACCAGCCGAGCCAGGGAAAGCCGGGGGCCCCGGAGCUGCAGCUCCCGGGGCCCCGGCGGCCGCCCCGCCGGCCAAAGAGAUCCCGGAGGUCCUAGUGGACCUCCGCAGCCGGCGGCGCUAUCUGCGGGGCCGCUUUCUGGGGAAGGGCGGCUUUGCCAAGUGCUUCGAGAUCUCGGACGCGGACACGAAGGAGGUGUUCGCGGGCAAGAUCGUGCCGAAGUCGCUGCUGCUUAAGCCGCACCAGAAGGAGAAGAUGUCCAUGGAGAUAUCCAUUCACCGCAGCCUCGCCCACCAGCACGUCGUGGGCUUCCACGGCUUUUUCGAGGACAACGACUUCGUGUUCGUGGUGUUGGAGCUCUGCCGCCGGAGAUCUCUCCUGGAGCUGCACAAGCGCAGGAAAGCCCUGACCGAGCCUGAGGCCCGCUACUACCUGCGGCAGAUCGUCCUGGGCUGCCAGUACCUGCACCUGAACCGCGUCAUUCACCGCGACCUCAAGCUGGGCAACCUCUUCCUGAACGAGGAUCUGGAGGUGAAAAUAGGGGAUUUUGGACUGGCCACCAAAGUUGAAUAUGACGGGGAACGGAAGAAGACCCUGUGUGGGACGCCAAAUUACAUCGCUCCUGAGGUGCUGAGCAAGAAGGGACACAGUUUCGAGGUGGACGUGUGGUCCAUUGGCUGCAUCAUGUACACCUUGUUAGUGGGUAAACCGCCUUUUGAGACGUCUUGCCUGAAAGAGACCUACCUCCGGAUCAAGAAGAAUGACUACAGUAUUCCCAAGCACAUCAAUCCCGUGGCCGCCUCCCUCAUCCAGAAGAUGCUACAGACAGACCCCACGGCCCGGCCCACCAUUCACGAGCUGCUCGAAGACGAGUUCUUUACUUCUGGCUACAUCCCCGCCCGUCUGCCCAUCACCUGCCUCACCAUCCCACCCAGGUUUUCCAUCGCUCCCAGCAGUCUGGACUCCAGCAACCGGAAGCCUCUCUCAGUCCUCAAUAAAGGCGUGGGGAACCCCAUGUCUGAACGGCCCCGAGAAAAGGAGGAACCAGCAGUCCGGGAGACCAGUGAGCCCGCUGACUGCCACCUCGGUGACAUGCUGCAGCAGCUACACAGCGUCAAUGCCUCCAAGCCCUCAGAGCGGGGGCUGGUGCGGCAAGAGGAGGCUGAGGAUCCCGCCUGCAUCCCCAUCUUCUGGGUCAGCAAGUGGGUGGACUAUUCAGACAAGUACGGCCUCGGGUACCAGCUGUGUGACAACAGCGUGGGGGUACUCUUCAAUGACUCCACACGCCUUAUCCUGUACAACGACGGGGACAGCCUGCAGUACAUAGAACGCGACGGCACAGAGUCCUACCUUACCGUCACUUCCCAUCCCAGCUCCUUGAUGAAGAAGAUCACCCUGCUCAGGUACUUCCGCAACUACAUGAGCGAACACUUGCUGAAGGCGGGGGCCAAUAUCACGCCGCGGGAAGGGGACGAGCUGGCCCGGCUGCCGUACCUGCGCACCUGGUUCCGCACACGCAGUGCCAUCGUCCUGCACCUGAGCAAUGGCUGCGUGCAGAUCAACUUCUUCCAGGACCACACCAAACUCAUCCUGUGCCCCCUGAUGGCCGCCGUGACCUACAUCAACGAGAAGCGGGACUUCCGCACGUACCGCCUGAGCCUCCUGGAGGAGUACGGCUGCUCCCGGGAGCUGGCCAGCCGCCUCCGCUAUGCACGCACCAUGGUGGACAAGCUGCUGAGCUCACGCUCGGUCACCAACCGCCUCAAGGCCUCCUCGUAGCCCCUGUGGCCUGGGGCCCCCACCCCCCGGACCGUGGCCCGUUCUGCUUAAUUCCCAUGGUGCUGGUUUUCCUUGUGUGCCCGAGCCCUGGGGGCCGGGCAGAGCCGUGGCAUCCUUGCAAGUGGGGCUGCUGUGUAAGUUAUUUUUGUACAUGCUCUGGUGUGGGUUCUGUGGCUCGUCCCCUUCCCUCUCCACCCCACCAUAUGAAUUGUACAGAAUGUCGCUAUUGGAUUCGGGACUGUCCCUUCCUUGUCUUUAUAUACAUUAAACACGUGAAUCUCU